GCCAAUCGGGGCGGAGCAGGACGUGACGGAGCUUCUCGCGCAAGGAAGCCCCGCGACUGGCGCGCCAAAUUUCAAAGGACUUCCUCCUGGGAGGAGAGACGGCGAAAAGCUGCACCGACGCCCGGCGAUAAAAUAGAACAGGAAAAAUUAUAAAAUAUAAUAAAACUCAGUCAAAGUAUAGAAGCUGAAUCCGCUGGUGGAGGAGUAAUUCACAUGAAGCCGGUGUGCAGCUCUGUUGUUGUUAUCAGACAGGCCUCAGCCGUUACACCCUGUCAGGCUUCCCACCUGUGAGACGGCUGAUGUCAACUGAUGUCAGGAGGCUGGGAUUUUAAUCUCUCUCUCACACACACACACACACUCCUGCUCAGCUGACAGCUGUUCAAACCUGAAAAUAUUAAACGUCAAAUCUCCAGCUAAAAGUCACGGCUGUCAGGUUUUUCGGCAGGUUUAGCUUUCAUGGGUUUAAUGUUUACUGCACCUUUCGCGUUAGCGGCGCAGUAACACGCAGGUUUGUCCACAUUACAGGAAGUCUUUAUUCUGUAAAUCCACCGUCUCAUAGCCUCCACUCCAUGGGGGAUUCAGUCUGUUUGAGCUGGGGCUCAUAACAGAGAGCAGGAGCUCAUUUCCACACUUCAUCAGUUUAUACAGUACUCUGUGUCCUCAUUAUUUAUUCAUGUAUUCACAGCAGGACACAAGUCACCAGCCUUCCAUACUAAUGCAAACACCUGUUGCUUAAAGCCGCUGCACCUGCCUGUAACCUUCACACUCGCUGCUUUCAAGUGUCUGUUAAGAAUAUUUUAAGUUGCAUUAUAUCUUUAUGUUGGUGCUCAGUGCUCCUUGGUUAAACCCAAAUGCCUUCAAUUUAACUCUGGUCCACUAGCAAAGAGUUGUAUUCCCAAAAUGGACUGCAGCCUCCUGUAACUCAGGGCCUGCCACAGAUCAGGUGAGGCCUCUGGGUGGGACAGGUGGGGGGGUUUAGUGGUGGCAGACAAUCAGACCCUUCAGUCAUGCUGUCCGGGGUGCAGCCAUGCUUCCAGCUGCUUCGGAUCGGCUCGUCGACGGGCGAUUCGGCGCGGGACCUGUUCACGUUCAGGCCGGCUCUGAGCCGCUGCGUGUUCCGUCUGGGCCGAGCGGCGGAGCUGUGCGACGUCACGCUGGACUCGACGUCGGUGUCCCGCAUCCACGCCGAGCUGCACGUGGAGAGGGAGGAGAGCGGAGGUGAUGCAGCGCUGCAGGAGGAGGGCUGGAGGGUUCACAUCAAGGAUAGGAGCAGUCAUGGCACCUGGGUCAACGAGGUCCGCCUCCCGUCUGGCGUCCAGUGCGAGCUCUCAGAUAGUGACACGCUGACCUUCGGUGGCCAGUCGGCUUCAGGGAGCCCCGAAUUUUACUUCCUCUUCCAGAAAGUCAAAGUUCGGCCGCUGGACUUCGAUGCCAUCACAAUUCCAAAGGCGGGGACCUUUUCCUCUGACUUGCAGAACCGGAUCAGGACUAACCUGGACCGCAAGGAGGCAGCCAACCUGGACCUGUCCAAGCUGUCCAUCAACCGGGCCACCGUCAUCCUCAACUCCAUCGGCAGCCUCAGCAAGAUGAAGGGCAGCGCCUGGACUUUUAAGAGGAGCUACAGCCAUGAGGGGACCAUUUCAGACCCCGGCUCCUCCUCCUCGCCUCCUCUCACCGUGGGCUUCUCCUCUCUGCUCCCUCCGUCCACCCCUCCGUCAUUUUCCUCUUCAGCUUCAGCACCUUCAGCAAAGUCCCUCCCACCGACCUCCAGGAGCAGGCGGAAGUCGGCUCACACGGUGCUCCUCGAGGACGACAGCUCAGACGAGCCCCGGAGUCGAGGAGUUCUGGCAGGAGUAGUGGAGGACGGACAGAGAGCGAGGGGGAAGAAGAGACGGCGGCUCUACAAGUCUGAGUCAGAGGGUUUCAGCUCGCCGCCUCCUCUGCCGCUGCAACCCAAGAGCCACAACGAUGUCAGACGGCCACUGGAGGCCAAGCCCUUCCCUGUCGGCAUCAGGACCAUUGGCAGCUUCCACGGCGCCAUGACGAACAGCAGACUGAACCACCACCUCCUCCAGGCGUCGCUCACCAACACUGCUGUUCACAAACAAGAAGUGGAGACGAUGCACCGGAUCAAGACGGUGGUGCAGGGCAACAUCGCGGCUUUCCGCCAACAGAAAUGUGCUCACAGUUCUCCGACGGCGCAGAGGGGCAGGAGAAGGGCUCACAGCUCUCCAGUUUUCUCUCCUCUGGUGGUGGGAGGAGAGAACUACAGCCUGGCCUCGCCUUCGAUGAGGAUCCGCACAGAGGAGAGGGGAAGGGUCCAGUUCAACAGAUUUCACCAUCAGACUGGCAAGCGACGAGGCCGCCCCAGAAAACACCCUCUCCCUCCCCGGCCGUCCCUGCCCUCUCCAUCCUCCUCAUCCUCCUCAUCCACCUCUUCGGCCUCCUCCUCCUCCGGCUCCUCCUCUUCCUCCUCUGAGGAUGAGGACGAUGACGAUGAAGAAGACGAGGAGGCGGCGGUCGGGGCGGUGGAGCCGUGUGCGGCGCCGCGCUGUCGGCUGCCCCAACAGGACACGGUGCAGUGGAUCCAGUGUGACGUGUGCGACGCCUGGUACCACAUAGACUGUCUGCACGUCGACCGCAAGAAGCUCCUGAUGGAUCCCAACGCUGACUUCCACUGCGGCUGCCGUCGAUAGGAGGGAAACAGGUUGUGACCGUGAAAUGAAAUAAAAUCUCUACUUUAGGCUUUUAAGUUUCCGUCAACCGCACCUGGAAAUUAACAGACUUUUCAUAGAAGACAUGCUACCGCUUCUUCACAGCCUGAGCUGCUCUUCUCAAGCUUUUCUCUCCCCCCAGCUGCAGCUGACGAGGGCAGGAAGAGAGUUUCCUUUAAAUUUCUUACAUCCUGAUCGUCCCAAGAUCAAGGAUUUGUGCCCUAACAGUCACAUAAUUGCUUCACUAACCUCUUAUUCACUCAGUUUUUUUGGAGGAAGAGGCAAAAGUGCGAUGAAAUGUCUUGGGUCAGAUUUCAUCGUGGUUUUGAUUGCCUGCAGAGUCAUGAUCAGGGAGAGCAUGAUGAAAUGUUUCUGAGUACACUCCCACCGUGGCUGAUGUUGACCAGGGGCCAGGCAGCGUUCAGGAAGAUUAAUGAAAUGUUUCAGAUCAGGCUGCCACUAUAGCAGUCUCUACACGGCGAUUAAACUUUCCUAGAUGUCUUAGUGCAGCCACCUUCACUAUUUUACCAAGCAGCUCAAUUUUUCAGGGUAGAGUAGGACCUUCCAGCGCCCUUACCCCCAAAGAAAACUGCGCUGGGAUGGUGUUUUCCCACCUCAGCAAUAAUAAAACUCGAUGAAAUGUUUCCGUGCAGCCUUCCUGCAUGGCAGCAGCUGUCUAGGAGUGGGCGUGUGAUGUUUCAAGAUAAUUAAACGGCAGGAAAUGUGUCAGCAGACUUCUGUUGUUGCUGCUGAUGAGAGGUGCUUUUGGGACAAUAAUCAAAUGUUUGAAGGCACUCCUGCAGUAGCAGCAGCUGGAUUUUUGGGAGAAAUGUGUACACUGGGACUGUGUUGUUAUAAAACGUCUGAGUGCAGCCUGCAGCUGGUGUGGGAGCACUCACUACCAGUGAAAUGUCAUGAAAUAUCUUCUGCUGAUUUAACAGGAUAAACCAAUUCAGAAAAUGAUCUCAUCGGCGCUGACCGGUGGGGUUGAGUUUUAAUGUCACAGAUGAUUUUAAGGUCAUCUCUUUAGAUCAGUCUCUACCUUUUAAGCGUCCCUUCACACUACUGAACUCGCAGGCCAAAGCAGAUGCUUUUGCCCUGGGUGAAAUGGGCUGGACCUGACUGAGCUGUUCUCCACUGCUGAACAGUUCACGUAUCUUUGCUCAGGUGCUGCUUGAGUGGAAUAAAAUCAAUCUGUAGAACUCCAAAUUCUUCUCUUAAGCACCUUUCUUUUAUUUAAUUCUAAAUUUCUACUUGAGGCGGCUUACAAGGACAAAACCAGCCUCUUUGUGUUGCUGAAAUGUUUUGAGCAGUUUACCUUAUGUGCCGCUUGUAUAAUCUCCGUAAUAGUUCUGCCUCAGAGCCAUUCAAAUAAUGGUAUGGUCAUACCACUAUGGCAGAGUGAUAGGAAAGUGUGAGUAAAAGUGGAAAAUGUGAUUCUUGAGCAAUAACAUUAGAAAAUGCUUAAAAAACUUUUACAGAUGUAUAUUUUUAACUUGUUAAUGAUUUAUUGUGGACUGAAACUUUGCAGAAGUAAGACUAAUGAUUGCUUCCAGCACGGUCAAAUCAGAUUUUCUCCAUCUUUGGCAUCACUGAGGCCUGGAGGCUGAUUACACAAUGACUCUCCUGCUCCUUCACUGCCUUAUCUCAGCAGGAUGCUUCACUGUGCUAAAUAGACGACUGGCUAAGCAGCUGCAAAGACCAUGUUAGAGAGCAAAUAGGAAGUUGAGUGGUUUGGAGUCGGUUCUUUUCCAACUCAGUGGAUUAACUUUUUAAAAUUCUAUUUAAAAAAAAGAAAAAGAAAAAGAUAAAAAUGUUGUGAAUUUAAAAUCUAAAAGGUGUUUGUUAAGAUCCAUAAAUCUGUGUUCACUGAAAUUAAUAAAUGUAGUGUUACUAGCCAAAAGGCUAAAUUCACUUGAGAUAAUCUCAUUAACACUGUUUGGAUGGUAUAUCACCACAAACACCUUUUUUAUAUUUUAAUAAUGCAAGGUUUCAUCACCUUACUGCAGUAAUAUCAGUUAUAUAGGACUCAACACAAUAUCCUCAUACUAUAAUACAGAUACAGAUUUUAAAGACCUGUUUGGUCAUGUUUAGCAAAAGAAAAAAAAGUUGGGUUAUAAGUUUUCUGUGUUGAUCUCCAUUCAGUUGUUUUGUCUUGAGAUGGUUUUUGUUUGCAGUUUCAUUCACCUGUAAAGAUGUAAGUGUUGCAUACUCUUUUGUCUCGUAGAUUUUGAGCUCUAAAGAUAUUUAAAUGCGUGUUUACGUCUUCCAGGCUUCACUCAAAGAAAUGUGCCGUCUUCACCAUCAGUCAUUGUUCAUGGUGUCAUGCUGCUGCGUUAGAGAACCUCUCUGUGCACCUGUUUUUCAUGGGGCGUGCCAGAACAGUUGUAAAGGUCUUAAAAAAAGGAUGUUUUCCCAGACUGCAAUUACAGAUGUGCUGAAACGUGCAGCUGCUGAGAGAGUGAUACUUUUUAAUUGGCGAGAGGGUGAAGUUGGCAACGUGACACACACAGUGUGAGAAUGAAACCUGCAGUGACCUCGAAAAUUGAGAAAGUCAUUUUCAUUGUCAUUGUAAUUUGAAGUGUAGCCACACAGAAUACACAACUUCACUCACGUUCAUAGUGGAGCUGAGUUCAUUCACUGUGUCACUCUGCUGAUGUUCCCUUAAAGUUCUCUUACUGUCAACAUGUUGAGACAAUGCAGAUGGACGGUCCUGUGGUCGACUGAAGUCGUAUUUUAAGCAAAAAUGUGCAGCUGGAGACUUUGCUGCUUUUCUGUUUCCUGUUCUUGUAAAUUGAACAUCUUAGGAUUUUUGGACUUUUGGUUGAACAAACAAGCCAUUUAAACAAUUUUCCUACUAAUCAUUUGAUCAAAAAAUAAUUCAGAUUAAUGGAUAAUGACAGUAGUCGUUAGCUGCAGCGUUAGUUGACAGAUGUUUUGUUGAAAAUCGCUUGUGCAGCUUCCAGUAGCUGAUAUUUUGUCUAUAAUUGAAAUCAGGAAGGUGUAAAAAAUCUGUUUUUGCUCCCAACAUUACACACCAUAUUUGCAUCUCUGAGGGAGAGAAGCACAAGUACACAUAAGCACAAAUUAAUUAAUAAAAAAUAAAACUUUAUGAACUGCUGCUGUGUAGUUGUGCUCAGGAAGCAAGCACCAUCAAAGUCAUUAGUGGACCACACAAGCAGAGACUAACAUUUACCAAAUCAGUCUUGCAUAUUGACGACCACAUCAGUAACAGCUCUUUGCAGAUCUACAGUAUUUCCCAUUUCCAUUGCCUCAAAGAGAAACAACUUUCUUGAACCUUCUCUCAUGUCUUUGACAGAUUAAAUCAAGUUUGUGGCCGACAGACUUUUUGAUCAUUACACUGUUGUGGCCGCCUCGUUGUUUCAACAGUUUCCAAAGUGAGUUGAUUCAUUUUACCGUCAAAAUCCCCAGAAUACUGGACUUAUGAGAUGAAACACGCUCCAGUGAUGAGUUCAGAAAUGUAUUCAAUCAAAGGGAUUGUCUUGUACAUCAGUAUGUAUUCCAUAAAUCUGUUCUUCUCAGAGUUUGAAUCUAAAGUUCACAGGACUUCUUUCACGCUGCCUUCACUUUAAUUAUCACAUUAAAAUGCAGAAACACAGCACAGUUUGACUUUGCUGGUUUUUGCGGGGUUGUACAGAAUUAAACCAACUGUCAUCACUCUGAGAUGCUAUCGGCAUCAAAGCUAUCAGAGGAGAAAUAAAAAAUAUUCAGAAAAUUUU